UUCUUUACGUGCAUCCUGCUCUACUUUUUCCUCUAAACAGUAAAGUAAACACUCCACAAACUCCAAACAAACACCACUGUGUUGCUCGGAAAAUGGCCGGAACGGCGGUAAAUCAUCCGUUGUCACUGACGCCGGGAGCCUACGCCAGCGGCGGUGGAGGCAAUGCUGCAAAGCUACCGUGUGUGAACCCGUGCAGCAUAUCAGCCAUCGCUGAUCGGCUAGCUAAACUCGCAUGCAACCAGCCGCUAAACGACGUCGUAGAGUUCUACAAGCUCUGCAUAUCUCUCUCCAAGGGUAUCGAUGAUGCUAUUGCAAGCCAUGAGGUUCCAACUAAAGCUCCAGAUUUGCCUUUACUGUUGAAACAGGUGUGUUGUCACAGAAAUGAGCCAUAUGCGCUAGCAGCUGUUAUGGUUCUAAUGCUUUCUGCUAAAAAUGCUUGCAGUAGUGGGUGGUUCUUGGACAGAGAUUCCAAAGAGCUUCACUGUCUUGCAAAUGAGAUAUCUAGCUACUUCUGCAGCACAACAGAUUUCGAAAGUGCAUGUACUGGUUCUUCAUCCAUGAUCUCAAGAAUCAUGUCAAGAUUCUUUCCAAAAAUGAGGAUGGGCCACAUACUUGCCUUUUUGGAAAUGAAGCCUGGAUUUGGUACAUUGGUGUAUGACUUUCACAUAUCGGAGAACACGAAAUCUUCUCCAGAAGCUGAAAUAAGAUUACUUGUUGCUCAUUUAGAUACUAUAGAGACAUCAUCAUGUCUCAUAACACCCCCUAAUGUGAACUUUCUCCUCAAUGGGAAUGGAGUUCCAAACCGAAACAAUCUGUCAAUGGAUACCGGACCUCAAAUUCCAACACCUUUGUCAAGUAUGCUUAACAACGGAGUCAAUCUUCUUCAAGUUGUGGGCGAGUUUAAUGGAAGUUACAUUGUUGUCAUCGCCUCUAUGAGUAUGAUGUCAACCCCAGACUCCGCUGCACUUCCAGAUUAUGUGCAACCCGCAUCUGCUUCAGUUGAUCCAGACUGUGAGUUAAUAGAAGGGCCAUCAAGAAUAUCCUUGAAUUGCCCCAUAAGCUUCAAACGCAUCAAGACUCCUGUUAAAGGCAUUUCAUGUAAACAUCUCCAGUGUUUUGAUUAUGAGAAUUAUCUCGACAUGAAUACAAGAAGACCAUCAUGGCGUUGUCCUCAUUGUAAUCAACAUGCCUGCUUCCCUGAAAUCCGCAUUGAUCAAGAUAUGGCCAAGGUUUUGCAAGAAGUUGGGGAGAACAUCAAUGAUGUGAUCAUCUCUUCGGAUGGUUCAUGGAAGGCAAUCAUAGAACCCGAUGAUGACGAUCAGAGGCCACCAGAUAAACCCACCGAUUUUUCAAAGGAUAAAACUUUGCAGCCGAAUCUUACAGAUAUAGAUGAUGCAACAUAUGUGGUGGGUGCGGGAAUGACUGGAGACCAUAUAGCUUCUUCCUUGGCCACCUGCCAAAAUCAACCACCUGAUACUAAUAAUCCAAGUGAGGAUUUCUGGUCAAGAGUUCUUCGCUCCACGUAUGGAUCGGGGACAUCUAGCUCUAUGUUAAAUAUACAUAUUGGCGGUGCUUCUGAGCCCACUCCAACAAGUUCGAUGCCACCGCCAAUUAUAAUUGAUGAUCAUAUUCCAGCGUGUGUCAUGGGGCAAGGUGGAGUUUCUUCUCCCAAUACUAUGCCGGCACAACAGUACCAAUUCGCAAAUUCGGCUGCCAACCAAUCAGCAGUUAGGCAUGCAGUAGGUAGAAUACCAGUUGCAGUUCAGGCCCUUCCUGCCCAGGUGCCCUAUUCCGUGCCUCAACAGAGACCAGUAAAUAGUAGUCCCACGCCAGCUUCUCAGCAUUCUCCUGUCGCAUCGAUGAUGAAUAUUGACACAGUUCAUAGUAGCCAUGUAAGGCAGCAACAGUUCUUGAGAUCGAAUUCAAAUAUGCACCAAGCAUCACAAAUACCGUCAUCAACGUCAACAAGCAUGCCACCGGGGUAUUCUUCUGGUUCUGUUCGCCCGGCUCACCCACCCGGUUCUGGUCAACCUUUCAGAGCACCCUCGGGAUUUACAACUGAACGAUCAAACACUAAUUGGCAGACACUUCACGCCACGAGUCAACCCCAAGGUAUUGCUCAACCAUCUCCGGCUAGUUUCUCUCGAAGUCCUUUCCAAGCCAGUGGUCAGGCAAGAGGCGUCGUUAACAGCCAACAUAAUAAUAAGUCGAGGGAAGCUGCCCUGCGCACUGCCCAAGUGGCAAAACCCAUUCAACUGUCUCCAACUCUACCUCCUCUUUCCAUGAACCCUAAUGCAGCAUCCCGGGAAUCAUUGGCAAAUGACCAAAUGAGGGUUGGAAAUAUAGGAGGAGGCCAUGCCGCACCAGUGGAUUUACUGUCAGGGGAUCAAAACUGGCGCCCAACCGGGCGCAUGCGUGGAAGCCUAUCGGGACAAGCCUAUUCUGAUGCUCUGAACCAAUACAUAAUCCGGCCAGUGCAGCAAGCUCAAGCUGCAAGAUCACCCACCGCAAUCUCGCCACAACUGCAAACCAUAAUAGCUAAGCGAGCCACUCCCACACCUCCUGUAACAAAUCAGCCAUCUACAAUGCAGUAGACCAUAUACAGGUUGGCUAAUCUAGCCAUGUAUGUAUGAAGUAGUGUAUGAAAAUGUAUGGUUUAUUUCUAGUGUGGUUAGUAAUCGUUUGUUCAUAAAUUAUGUAAUCCCAAGUGAUCAAUAUGAAUGAAAGCGGCAGGUAAGAGAAAUUGCAAUUCUGGUA